AUGGCUGUUGAGCAGAGCGCGGCUUUCAAGACGGCUGUCGAGGACUCCCGAAAGUUGACAGGCAAGCCCUCCAACGACCAGCUCCUCGAACUCUAUGCUCUGUAUAAGGUCGGCACUGGCGAGGAUUUCUCUAAGAGCCCCGACCCAGGCAUGUUCGAUCUCAAGGCAAGCAAUUACGCCCAUCCCCUCGAAUUACCCAUAUAUCAAGGCAAGGCCAAGAAGAACGCCUGGAAGAAGCACGCCGACGCGGGUCUUACGCCUGAGAAGGCCCAAGAGCAGUACGUCGCCCUGGUUGAAUCCCUGAAGGAGAGCGUUGGCUACGACGCCAACAAGGUCCCCGAGACUGUCGGCUCCUCUUAA